GCAUCUCAAUUCUCAACAAACUCAAAACCUUCUCUUCAUUUACAAAUCCAACCUUUUAUUCAUCCAUUCAUUUAUUAAGUUGAUUCAGUGAAACAGAAGGAGUUAUCUUUUGGAGAUUUUAUUGUAAGAUCUUUUUAAUGAAACACAAAGAAGUUUGGGUGUGUGGGUCUAUUUAAAACAAGCACUUGUCAUCUAAACUUGACUCUCUAUAAAGCUUUAAAUUUUUCCGAAAGAAAAAGAGGGUGGAUUCAUUUCUUCUCAUUCAGUUCUUAGAGGUAUAUCAUAGAGUUUGCUCAAGAACAUAGGAGAUUGACAUUCAACGUCGUUGCUGAUGGAUCAGAGGCAAUCUACACAUGUAACGGACCGUGAAAACGGGAAUUAUGUCAGGAUUAGGGAUGAAGAUGACCCUAGACUAGGAUUGUUUGACAAACCCCUUCCAUGUUGUGGCUGUGGGAUCGGGUGGUGUUCGUUUUUGCUUGGAUUUGUAUUUCCACUAAUGUGGUACUAUGCUACAAUUCUGUACUUUGGAAACUACUAUCGCAAGGACCCAAGGGAACGGGCAGGCCUUGCUGCCUCUGCUAUUGCUGCGUUGGUAUUUUCAAUUGCAUUGUUGAUCACAAUACUUGUUCUUUUGCUCUAAACCGCAUGUGAUGUGUGAACAACAUAAGUAUAGUACCAUUGUCAGUAGCUAAUGGAUAAGCGGGCGGCAUGUCAUCCAAUAGAGAGCUACAGCAAUGCUUGAAGAAAGCCAGACGGGACAAGUGCAAGAGUUCGUGAUGUGUAAACUAUUUUUGUUGGACCAAUAUGUUUGUACAGAGAUAUAUCUCAAUUUUAUGCUAAAGGGAAAAAGGAAACGGAAGUCCUAGAAUGUGUUAGUAAUAAAUGUUGAAUGGUUGAUACCUUCGAGCCCUCUGUAGAACCAACAAAAUUGGUCCCGUGCAGGCCCUGAACCAGAAAAGCAUUUGGUUUAAAAUAGAACAAAACAUUGAGAUUGAGUUUACAAC